CAUGCCUCUGCUUUUGUAGGUUAUUGUAGUGCAUGUUGCGGUGUGUUUACAUCAGUUUGCAUUUGAAGGAAGUGAGAUAAUGUUAUAAUGGGUUUGACUAAGCAAUAUUUACGUUAUGUCUCUGCGGGAAAUUUCAAUAUAAUUGCAAGUCCUAACUGCAAUGUAGUGUUUGUAACAUUAGAAGGCCAAGAAGGCAGAUAUGUAGCUGUAGGAGCCUGUGAGCAUAUUUUUAUUUGGGACCUAAGGUUGGGUGAGAAAGCACAGGUGCUGACUGGAGAGAAGUCCCCUGUAACUUAUCUCUGCACAAGCCCUAACAAGAGACAUUUAGCUGCUGGUUAUGCAGAUGGAACUGUACAAAUUUAUGAUUUGAAAACUGCAGAAGUUGUGUCAAUAUUCUCUGGUCACAAAAAUGAAAUCACAUGUUUGAAUUAUGAUAGCUUUGGACACAAGCUAGCAUCUGGCUCAAAGGAUACUGAUAUUAUUGUGUGGGACACAGUUGCUGAGGUGGGAGUAUGUCGACUAUCAGGACACAAGGGUCCUGUAACUCAGGUGGCUUUCAUGUCAUCCCAAUCAGUCUUAAUUUCAUCUUCAAAAGAUACAUUUGUUAAAUUUUGGGAUCUUGACACUCAGCAUUGUUUCAAGACGUUGAUUGGUCAUCACACAGAGGUGUGGUCAUUGAGUUUACUCAAGGAUGAUCAAUAUUUGGUCACUGGUUGUGGAGAUGCUGAGCUAAGAGUUUGGAAAAUCACGCAAAACGAUGACGAAAAUAAAUCGCCUGUAGAGCAUUUAUCUAGCAAACUUGAGUUGGCUACGCUGGAUGAUCUAGAUGAUUCAAAUUACAAUUUACAAUGUCAUAAAAGUGGUUCAUUGUUGAGGUCUGGAAAAGGACGUGUUAUGUCCCUCUUCUCGGAUACAACUGGUCAAAUUGUUGGAUGCCAUGGCAGCGAUAAACAAAUUGAAUUGUUUUGGUUCUGUUCUGACGAGGAAGCUCAAAGCCGGCUGAAGAAGCGCAUGAAGAAAGAAAGAAAAAAGCAAGAGGGUCUAGAUGCAAGCGAGAUCAAUGAGGAUAUACUGCAGUUAAGUUUGAAAGAUGAAGUUCGUCGGUUAACAAGUAUCAAGUUAACUGGGAAACCAAAGUCUUUGCAUAUGGUUCUCGGCAACGGUGGCGAACUGCGUGUAGCUGUAACGCUUGCGAAUAACACAAUUGAACUAUUCACGCUGCAGACAUCCGGAAAAGGUGGUGAUGCUAAGACAUUGCGUAGUGUUACCAUGCAAGGCCAUCACAGCGAAGUGAGAGCUGUGAACUUCAGUAACGACAAUUUAGCAAUCAUCAGUGGCAGCGGAGAUACUAUUAAGAUGUGGAACAGGCCAUCACAGAUUAGUUUGAGGACCAUCGAUUCCGGAUAUGUUCUCUGCACUCUAUUUGUGCCAGGUGACAGGCAUGUUUUAGCUGGAAUGAAGGAUGGUAGAUUGUUGAUUAUUGAUAUAGCUGCUGGCGAUAUUUUGGAGGAGAUUCAAGCACAUUCCGGGUCUGAAUUGUGGUCGAUGUGUUUGCAACCAGAUAUGCGAGGUGUGGUAACAGGAGGAGCAGAUAAAACUGUUAAAUUUUGGCAGUUUGAAUUAAUCGUUGAUGAGCAAAGUGAAUCAAAAGCUAAAGUUUUGUCACUGCUACAUGUGCGUACACUCAAACUGGAAGAAACUGUUCUAUGCGUAAAAGUCUCUCCGAAUAGCAAAUUCGUAGCAGUUGCCUUGCUUGACUCCACUGUCAAACUGUUCUUUUUAGAUACUUUUAAGUUUUAUUUAUCGUUAUAUGGACAUAAAUUGCCGGUGAUUUGUUUGGACAUCUCAUCUGAUUCAAAUUUGAUCGCCACCGGAUCUGCUGAUAGGAAUGUGAAGUUAUGGGGAAUGGAUUUCGGCGAUUGCCACAAGAGUAUCUUCGCUCACGAUGAUUCCGUGACGGGACUGCAAUUCGUACCGAAAACACAUUAUUUCUUCACGUGCGGCAAAGACGGAAAGGUGAAGCAAUGGGAUGGCGACAGUUACAACAAGAUUUUAACGCUGCAAGGACAUGUUGGAGAAGCAUGGAAUUUGGCCGUAAGUCCAAAUGGACAGUUUGUAGUGUCAUGCGGAGCGGACAAGGUUCUUCGUCUCUAUGAGAAAACCGAUCAACCUUUAGUACUGCAAGAUGAGGAAGAAGAAGAAAGAGAACAGCAAGAUGGAUUGGCUACUGGGGAGCAAACCGUAGUUGCAGGUCAUCCAGGUCUAAAUCUGCCAUCUAAGAAAACCAUCGGCAGCGAAAAAUCCGCUGAAAGCAUUAUGGAGUGCUUGGAAGUUUGCGAAAAAUACAAAGAGCAAUUAUCUGAACAUGCUACAUUGCAAGCUUCCUCGAAUCAACCAGUGGCUUUACCAGCUGUGCCUCUACUCAUGCAAGCAUUCAGUGCCUCUACACCAGAAGAUUUUGUGUUAGAAACUAUUAAAAGGAUAAGGCCGAGCGACAUGGAGGAAGCAUUGCUCAUAUUACCAUUCACGACGGUAUGCGAAUUGAUUCAGUAUCUACCCAACCUAAUGAACAGAGGGGAUUAUGUAGAAUUGGUGGGCAAAGUUGUAAUGUUCUUGUUGAAAGUGCAUCAUGCUCCCAUCAUUGCUAAUCACACUUUACUUACUACACUGAAGAGCUUGCAGAAAGUAUGCUGUGUAAAAGCAGAAGAACUGCGUGAUAUGGUUGGAUACAAUUAUUACGGACUGCAGUUCUUGCAACGUGAAUUAGAAGCUAGAGAAGGCGUCACACUCUUUCGAGAUGCAAGCAGACAAAGGAAGAAGGGAGAGAAGAAACGCAAGCAAAGGGAGAAAUUGAAACGUUCAAUAAUGGUGUUAAAUAAUUGAAUUAAUUAGUUUAAU